GUUUACAGAAGUGAGGAGAAGAGGGAGACAUGCUCCAGAACAAGGGGAAAGAGUUGUCUUUCAGGCGAAAAAACACCGGUGAAGAGGCUAUGAGGCAGAGUCCAGUAAGACUAAGUGGUGAGAAGCAAACCGCAAUGGUGAUCUCUAAUAGCUUUAGUGGCUUAGAGGGAGAGGUUGAGGCUCAAGAGCUGAACUUUCCGGGUGGGAAUGUUGCAAGAGAAGAGAAUAAGGAGAAUGAGGAUAUUCUGAACAUCUCCAUGCAAGAGGUGAAGCAGGAGUUCUCUCUUCUGGGAAAACUUAUAGUAGAACAUGAGAAUGUGGGCAGAGCAAGAGGUGCUUAUAAGUUUUCGGGUACAGGUGAGAUUGGGGAGAUAAGACAGGUGCAGACCCGUGAAGUAGAGGGGGAGCUGGUUGGUGGUCUCCCUCAAAUGAUGGUACAUCUAUGGAUCUGGUUCCCCAAGCGAGACAACCAGACCAUGUUGUGGAUGUGGGCAAAUAACAAUUUGCCUCGGACGGCUAAAACUCCAGAAGGUUUCACUCUCUUGGUGAAGCUGUGGUGGCAAGGCGACGGUUCGGUGACGGUGGCGUCUUCUUGUUCAUAGAGAUGAUGAAGACAAGAUUAGGAGAAGCUUCCUUAUAAGUUGCUUCCAGGUGACCCUCGUCCGAGCCCUCUUUUUGUUGAUAUUUUCAAAGUUUUUUGGCAAUUGCGGCGGUAGAUUUCGGCGGCAAUGGGUGUUUUAAUCAGCAGAGACUCACGAAUAAGGCCGCUUGCCUUGA